GGCAGUGCAACGGUUACGCGGAAUUCGGAGUGCGCCUUUUAAUUGUGAUCUGAAGGGCAAAGGACAUGAGUAACCAAUCAUAACAAACCAAGAGACGCUGUCAAGGACCAUUCUCUUUGUGGACUGCUCUGGCACCAUGAACUUCAAUAUGUUAUUAUCAAAGAGGACAAAAGGAUAAGUCGCGGCGGCACAAGCUUCUUCAACGAAACGUCAUCUAGGCUAUUUCUCAGAGACACCGCUGUGGAUAGGCUACGCAGUGUCAUGAAAUGUGCGUUCGGCACCAUAGCCUAUGUGAUUCAAGACAUUCGUGUUGGAUCGUAAAUAAGGGAUAUUUGUCCUUUUUAAACGUUUUUAGAGACAAGGAUACAAUAUCGCAAAAUAUCUUAUCGGGACUAUAAAUGGACCUGUAGUCACGCCACUACUGACGCUCAGCCACGGACCGUUUCAUGGGUUUCUGGCCAACAAUGGGCGAAUGUAACCGGCUUACAGACCCAAACCUCUGGCUUUGGAAUAUUGGGGGCCAUCAUUCAAAGUUCACACAACUCUCAGUAAAAUAAAUGCAACCAAACUGUAUUGAAUUGAAUGUGAACGACUGAGAUUUAUUAAAUUAGGCUAUUUGUCAAUAUGCAGGCAUCAAAUUUGUGCGCUUGAUUGCCAAGAAUGAUUAAGCCGAUUGAUGGCAUUAGAUUAUAAAUUGUUACAUUGUAGCCAAAUACAUUGUGCAAAUAUUGAUGAAUUAAGUUACAGUUUCAAGCCAAUCAUUGGAGUGUUAGCCUACUCAUUUGCUAUAGACGGCUUCAUCAUUCCUUAUUUGUAUAAAAUUAAUACAUUUCACGUUCAUGCUUAACGAACGGUAUGGGAAUGCCACCCCGGCUGUCAAUACAUAAAAUGGAACCUAAGGACUACAGAUGGAAUAUUGAUUAAGUGGAGAGAAAAAACUAAAGAAAAUAACCAAUUCAUUGACGAAAAUUUUGGCGUUCUUUUUGGUGUACUGCACAAUGGGGAUUAUGCUUCAAGUUAUUCUAGGAAUGUUUCAGUUCCUCUUGCUCUCCAGAAUACCCACGUCCCAUGCCAAGCUAGCCCACUGGAGACCUGCAGACACCACCCCCAAAUCUAGAGAAGUGCGUCGGUGGUUGGAGGUGUACUCUCGGAGUGGUUGUGAGCCCAGGGAUAACCUGGUGGAGGUGUGGAGGGAGUUGCCGGGGGAGACGCAUCACCUCUUCGUGCCCUCCUGUGUGUCGGUCCGCCGCUGUGGCGGGUGCUGCUCCGACGAGGCACUGGAGUGUGUGCCCUCACUCACACAAACUAUCACCAUGGAGCUAAUGAAGACCUCCUUUAUGAAGCAUGAGCUCAUCGAGCUGGACUUCGUUGAGCACAGCCAGUGUGAGUGCAGACUAAAAGAGGAUCUUCAAUCAGCCCCUACCAGACCUGCAAAGCCUCUGAGGAAAGGCAGGAAAAGGGAGAGAGGAAAAUCCAAACGAAAGAAAAGUGGAACUAUCAAAACUAUACCUUCCUCUCCCCCCACUACACCCUCUCCUCCCCCCACUACACCCUCUCCUCCCCCCACCACCCCGUCUCCCUUGCCAGGCCCUCGAUGUACCCCCUGUCCUGGGAGGAAGUGGACACUCGAUUUGCAUUUGUGUCGGUGUCGCUGCAACGUGACCGCAGAGAAAUGCAGUCAGAAAGGGAGAAGACUCAACCAGCACCUCUGCAGAUGUGAGGCCUGGAGGUGGUGAUGCUCUUUCUCUCUCUCUGUCUCUCCGCUGGUUCCAAACUCACUCUCAUCCAUGCUCAGCGGAAGUCUGGGUAACAAAAUAUGAGUGGGGGAUGUACCCCUAACUAUCCCCUUCCUUGUCCUCCAGAAACACCAAGUCAGUGCAGUAUUACAACGUAAAUAUAUGUACAUGUGCACCAACUGUGUCUAGAUCUGUAUCUGUAUAUGUGCAGUCAGUCAGUCUCAUCAUCACACAGCUUCUUCAGGCGUUUAGCUGCUAUCGUUCAGUCAGCAUGUAUGGAACACUCUCUCCUUCACAAGGGUAAAUGAUGGGACCAAAUGUAAAGCACAGUUUAGAUGUCCGGUAACAUGAGGGUGAUGUGAGGCAGUGGGUGGCCAGGACGUUAGUUGUGGACCAGCCAGAAUUCAACACUCACACCUCCGAUGCUGUAUGGGACAUUGGAACUUUGGACAUGAAGAGGAUUUAGAGACCGAUCACAGAUCAGAUAUAACAGACACGUUCAUGUUGAGUUUUGUUGUCUUCUUCAUAGACACGGUGGGUCAGUGUUGCCCAUGAACUGCUGUUGGACUGUUUUGCGAAAAGACAAUGGCAACAGUUAUGAUGAUCCUGAUAUUGAUACACGUGUUAUAGUUUUUGUACAGGGAGACUCCGAUAGGAGAAUGAUUCCAGGGUCAAGUCAUUAAAGUGCAGUAAGGAUAUAGAAUAGUGAACGGACACAUGCACAUGCACACACACGUACACACACACACACAUGCACACACACACACGUACCAGCUAUGUGUUGUGUGUAUGAAGCCAUCAGGCUGCACCACCAUGAACCUAUAGCUAAGUGAGUUGAAUAGCUGCAUAGACUGUAUCUGUGUGCAUAGAUUGUAUAUGUGUGCAUAGACUGUAUCUGUGUGCAUAGACUGUAUCUGUGUGCAUAGACUGUAUCUGUGUGCAUAGACUGUAUCUGUGUGCAUAGACUGUAUCUGUGUGUUCCACACACUGAAUGACACAGAUGGGUUACCCAGCCGCCGUUAGUCUCUCAUUCCCAGCGUAUGGUCACAGGCUGGAUCACUGAGGGGUUUUCUGUCAUUUGUUUGAUUUGGUUUUUGUCUCCAUCUCUCCGCUCCGGAGUGAAAGAGCUGUUCACGCCGACGGGGCUGUGGGGGGAAUGACAAUGAUGAGGCCUGGCUAUAGUCCAAGGGUUCACACACACACACACACACACACACAUACUUCUGAUUAGAAAUGAAUGCAAUAUAAGUCUAAAUAAGUCCAAAUGUUUUUUCUACUUCAUUUUCUUUGUAUAAUUUGUUAUAUUUUGGCAUAAUUUUGUCCUGUUGACUUAAUAGAUGUUGUAUAUUGUGGCAUGUUUCUUUGUUUUGUUUUUGUUUGUCCUUAAUCUGUCUACAUAAAGAGUCCCUCUGGGUGGCCGACUAAUACCGUUAUGUAGACAUGAGGCAUAUCGCCACCUGUGUAGAAUUUGAAACAGGGAGAGAGGUCUCAAUGGCCACAAAAUAGAACACAAUAUACAUUCUAAUGUGUAACUAAAAUUAUCACCAGGAAACUUGCCAGUUACAGAAAGACACUUGGAGAAGGGACUAUAUGCUCCAUUCAUACAGUAAUAAACUACCCAUGUUCAUGAAAUAUCCAAUAUGAAUGUGCUGGUUGCUUCCCUCAGCCACUGUGUUGUAGACCCAUGAGUUUGACAAAGCGAGUCUAGGACAUACCCUAUAUACUGUAGACUGUCCAGGUAGACCUAUUCUAGCCCCCACUGUCUUAUACUCAGCUAUAGCAGGCAGACCCUGACUAAAAGUACAUAAUAAUAUCUUAUAAUGUCUUAUAACCAACCACCAUCUUGUGUAUGAUGUAGAGCAUACUUUAGAAUGUCUUGUCUUGUUAUUCAUUCCAAUUAUACUCCCAUGUUACAUACUUUACAAUUACAAAUGCAUUGUAAUGUGUAUAACACUGAUACUAUUUUUGCUGCUACACCAUUUGUGCCCUAUCUAAUGUAAGUGUGCAACUGUUUGUACCAUGCAGUUUUGUGUCAGAGUAGGCCUAUAUUAUGUCUGAUUAAUCAAUUUGAUGUCUAUGUAAACAAAGCAUACUGUCCUAUUGAAGAUGUUAAUACUACCAGGAAAUGUUAAAAACAAACGACCAUGAUACAAUGUUCCAGAUAUUAUUAAAGGAAACGUCUUAUUUUUCAUAAAAUGUUUUGUUAUUGGUAGUCUCUCCAAUGUCCUUCCAAUGCCCUUCCAAUACCCUUCCAAUGCCCUUCCAAUGCCCUUCCAAUGCGUCCAAUAUCCUUCCAAUGCCCUUCCAAUGCGUCCAAUACCCUUCCAUUGCCCUUCCAAUGCGUCCAAUACCCUUCCAAUACCCUUCCAAUGCGUCCAAUACCCUUCCAAUGCCCUUCCAAUGCGUCCAAUACCCUUCCAAUACCCUUCCAAUGCGUCCAAUACCCUUCCAAUGCCCUUCCAAUGCGUCCAAUACCCUUCCAAUGCCCUUCCAAUGCGUCCAAUACCCUUCCAAUGCCCUUCCAAUGCGUCCAAUACCCUUCCUGUAAUCUCUUUGAUGUCAUCCCUUUUUUUCCCUCCUCCCU